AUGGUUUUAGCAGAUCUUGGUCGACGAAUUAAUGCUGCUAUAGCAAAAAUUAAUAAAGAACCUAUCAUUGAUGCUAAAGUUCUUGAUGCAUUGUUAAAAGAAAUAUGUCAUGCACUUUUAGAAGCCGAUAUAAACAUUCGUUUGGUAGGUAAUUUAAGGAAUAAUGUUAAAGACAAUGUCAACAUUCAAGAAGUACCUGCUGGAAUAAAUAAAAGGAAAUUAAUACAAAAGGCAGUGAUUGAUGAACUCUGUAAACUAGUUGAUCCAGGUGUAGAACCAUAUAAACCUAAAAAAGGAACUACAAAUAUAAUUAUGUUUGUUGGUUUACAAGGAAGUGGUAAAACCACAACAUGUACAAAAUUGGCAUAUUAUUAUCAGCGUAAAGGAUGGAAAGUAUGUUUAGUUUGUGCUGACACUUUUCGUGCUGGUGCAUUUGAUCAAUUAAAACAAAAUGCUACUAAGGCAAAGAUACCAUAUUACGGAAGGCAAAAUCUUAUUCCAUUUUUAAUAUUUAUUAUUGACCCUGUCCAAAUUGCUCAUGAGGGUGUCGAAAAAUUUAAAAAAGAAGGUUUUGAAAUAAUUAUAGUAGAUACAUCUGGUAGACAUAAACAGGAGGCUGAAUUAUUUGAGGAAAUGAGACAAAUAUCUGUUGUUGUGAACCCAAAUAAUACAAUUUUUGUAAUGGAUGGAACAAUCGGACAAGCCGCUGAAGCUCAAGCUAAAGCUUUCCACGAAACAGUAGAUAUUGGUUCAAUUAUUAUUACAAAAAUGGAUGGCCAUGCAAAAGGUGGUGGUGCUAUAUCUGCUGUUGCAGCUACUCAUAGCCCAGUUAUUUUCAUUGGUACUGGUGAACAUAUUCACGAUUUAGAAAGAUUUUCUGCACGACCAUUUAUACAAAAAAUAGAUAUGUAUGAACAAUUUCAAAAUAUAUCCAAGAUGGGUCCUUUAUCUAAAAUGAUGCAAAUGGUGCCUGGUAUGUCUGAAAUGAAUCUCGAAGGCUCUGAUGAACUUGGGGCUCAAAGAAUAAAAAGUAUGAGUGAAACGGAAUUAGAUUCUGAUGGCAAAAUAUUUACACAACAACCUUCACGUAUCAUACGUAUUGCAAAAGGCUCUGGUACCUCAGUAAGAGAAGUAGAGGAAUUAUUAGUUCAACAUAAAGGUUUCCAAGGAAUGGUUAAAAAAUUUGGAGGAAACAAAGGUUUAUUUAAAGGAAUGGGCCAAGGAAUGGGCCCAGGAAUGGAUCCUUCAAAAAUGUCACCACAACAAAUUCAACAAAAAAUGGCACAAAUGCAAAGGAUGCUUCCACGUGGUAUGGCUGGCAUGAAUAUGAACAAUUUAAUGCGACAGAUGGGAUUAAAUUCUAAAUUUGGAUUAUAA